AUGCAGUCUCCCCGUGGUUCGCUCCUGUGCCUAGUGACAUUCACUAUGUUCAACAUCCAUGCCUUGGUUGCAGCGAGUCUCAGCACCAAUCCCACUGGCUUCCAAGGCGUCACCCCAGAGUCGACCAUAGGCUGCACCUACACUGCGUACACUGAGCCUGUCAUCUCUACCGGACCAACAACGACUCGAUACACCCUCACGACUUACACCUCGAAGUUGUAUGACUGCGAUGGUUGUUCGAACAUUGAAGUCCUCGUGCUGGGUCAUGUCUUCUUGAAAGCUAACUACACGUCUACUGUCACUGCCUCGAAUGCGACGACCUUCACUAGAGCUCAAUGCAGCCCGACACCAGCUCCAGUGGCUUAA